UAGAGUCACAGGGCGGACGGCGAGGAGAGCGGCGCUUGGCUCGGAGCUCAGGAGUGGGGGAAAGGAAGGGGCGCGUCUCCCGCCACCGUUGCAGCGCGAACCGGGCUCUCUUUUUUACGACGACCCUUGUGAGGCUCUACCAUUCGCCCCCCCCUCAGCCAACCCCCAACUGUGAGUGGGCGCGCGGGGCUGAGGAAAAGAAGGGGUGAUGCGUUUCCCGCUGGCGGCCAUCGCCACCUCCACGACCGCCGCCGCCUCCACCGCUGCGGCCGCCGCCUCCACCGGAUCCUAGAGCCGCUCUCGUACAGCGGCCUCUUUCGCACCCCCUUCUUUCGCACCAUCUCCCACCCCAGGGUGCUCUUUCUUUACCGGCGGGUCCCGGACCCGGUAUGAGCCGCGACGCCGUCUUCAUUUCCUCUUGAACGGCCGACGACGUUCUCCCGCAGACCGGCACCCCUCUCCUCCCAGUCCUAAUUCCCUUCGCGGGAGGGGAAGUGACCGGCCGACCCUCGGAGAUGGGGGUGAACGCGGUGCACUGGUUCCGCAAGGGGCUUCGGCUCCACGACAACCCGGCGCUGAGGGAGGUCAUCCAAGGAGCCGACACGGUGCGAUGCGUCUACAUCCUGGACCCCUGGUUCGCGGGCUCGUCCAAUGUGGGGAUCAACCGGUGGAGGUUUCUGCUUCAAUGUCUUGAAGACUUGGACGCCAACUUACGAAAGUUAAAUUCUCGUUUGUUUGUGAUUCGAGGACAGCCCGCAGAUGUGUUUCCUAGACUCUUUAAGGAGUGGAAUAUUGCAAAACUUUCUAUUGAAUAUGACUCUGAGCCAUUUGGGAAAGAGAGAGAUGCAGCAAUUAAGAAGCUGGCUACUGAAGCAGGAGUGGAAGUCAUUGUACGAAUUUCACAUACUUUAUAUGACCUAGACAAGAUUAUAGAAUUAAACGGAGGACAGCCACCUCUUACCUAUAAGAGAUUUCAGACUCUAAUAAGUAGAAUGGAGCCAUUGGAAAUGCCUGUGGAAACUAUUACUGCAGAAGUAAUGUCAAAGUGUGCUACUCCAGUUUCUGAUGACCAUGAUGAGAAAUAUGGUGUUCCAUCACUGGAAGAAUUAGGUUUUGAUACAGAUGGACUGCCUUCUGCUGUUUGGCCAGGUGGAGAAACGGAAGCUCUUACAAGGUUGGAAAGACAUUUAGAAAGAAAGGCUUGGGUAGCGAACUUUGAACGUCCACGAAUGAACGCAAAUUCUCUUCUUGCAAGUCCUACAGGACUUAGUCCCUAUCUACGCUUUGGCUGUUUGUCCUGCCGUCUCUUUUAUUUCAAGUUAACGGACCUGUACAAAAAGGUAAAAAAGAACAGCUCUCCUCCUCUUUCUCUCUAUGGUCAGUUGUUGUGGCGUGAAUUCUUCUACACAGCAGCCACGAACAAUCCACGCUUUGAUAAAAUGGAAGGCAAUCCCAUAUGUGUGCAAAUUCCAUGGGACAAGAAUCCUGAAGCUUUGGCAAAAUGGGCAGAGGGCAGAACAGGGUUCCCUUGGAUUGAUGCUAUUAUGACCCAGCUACGUCAAGAAGGUUGGAUCCACCAUUUGGCCAGGCAUGCUGUGGCAUGCUUUUUGACUCGAGGAGAUCUGUGGAUUAGUUGGGAAGAAGGAAUGAAGGUAUUUGAAGAAUUGCUUCUGGAUGCUGACUGGAGUGUGAAUGCAGGCAGUUGGAUGUGGCUAUCCUGUAGCUCCUUCUUCCAACAAUUUUUCCAUUGCUAUUGUCCUGUGGGUUUUGGCAGAAGAACUGACCCUAAUGGGGACUAUAUCAGACGCUAUUUGCCUGUACUCAGAGGUUUUCCUGCAAAAUACAUAUAUGAUCCUUGGAAUGCCCCUGAGGGUGUACAGAAGGCUGCAAAAUGUAUAAUAGGAGUCAAUUAUCCAAAACCAAUGGUAAAUCAUGCUGAGGCAAGUCGUUUGAAUAUUGAGAGGAUGAAACAAAUCUACCAGCAACUGUCUCGAUACAGAGGAUUAGGCCUCCUUGCAUCGGUGCCUUCUAACGGGAAUGGAAAUGGAAAUGGUGGCCUAAUGGGAUAUUCUCCAGGAGAAAACCUCCCAGGUUAUACCAAUACAAAUGGAUCCCAAAUGGGAACAAGUGAAGGCCAUAUAGGAGAAUCUCGUACAGGAACAAGUGGAAUUCAGCAGCAAGGUUACUCUCAGGGGAGUGGUAUUUUGCAUUAUGCUCAUGGGGACAGUCAGAAAGCACACUUAAUCCAGCAAGGAAGAACAUCACUUGGUACUGGAGUGUGCACUGGGAAACGGCCAAAUCCUGAAGAGGAAACUCAGAGCAUUGGUCCAAAAGUCCAGCGACAAAGUAGUAAUUAACUGGGUAAAAAUUCUGAAGGAAAUGAUUGAUAAUAGAAGACUACACGCUGUAUUCCACUCUCACAAGAAGAAACUAAGCAUGCCUCUACUGCAUAGUUGAGAACAUGACUUCCAAUGGAGAAGUGGACCAAACACCACUGAACUUGCCAUCCUGUCUGGCAGUAGCCCAGAGUAACCUGCCGUUCAUUUCAUGCUUCUAGCAGCCAUAUAUAGGGAUACCCCGAGCAUGACUUGUAUUGCCAGCUUCUGUUUUUCCACUAAACCGUGUAUUAACUUGAUCCUUUUUGCUUGCUGAGUGAUAAAAGCUCCCACUUGAAACACACCAGCUAUUUGUGUAAAUGCAGGGAGUAGCUAUUUAUUUUGUUUAUAUGAAUCUCUUUGUUAAUUUUUAUGUGCUCCAUAGUUUUUAUAUUGAGAAGGCAUUAUUUUCAUUUUACCUCCUAUUAUGGCCUACAGAUGUUUCCCCCUUCCUAAGCUGCAGUAUACCUAAAUUUCCACCUCAUUUGCAGCUCAGUAUUUCCCCCCUCAAUAGUCAGGUUCUACUUUCUCCCUUAAGAGUUGAAUAUACAGGUCCACACAAAAUAAUCUGUAGCUACAUUGCACAUAGAUUUACCUAGCAGAUUGCAGUAUUUUUUCUCUCUGCUUUUUAUAAGUGUUUUAUGUUGCUACAUAGAUGCACCAGAUAGUACAUUUAUCAAGGUUGCAUUUAGAACAAGUAGCCAAACCUGCUCUGAAGUAUCUUUGGUCCUGAAGCAGUUCUUCUAUUCCAACCUUCUAUUCAGAAUUGUUAGAGCUGCCUGCUCUGCUGGCUGGGGAUUAUAGGAGUUGUAGUCCAGUACAUCUGGAGGACACUGGGUUAGGAAAGCUGCACUAGGGCCGUCCGUUUUCCCUUGCAGCUCUGCGGAAGGAUUUAGGGCAGUUCACAGGAAGCAUUCUGCACAAGUAUUAUCUUAAAAGUGUAUAUACAGUUCAGGAGCUCCAUCUUUCUGUAUGAUUGCCAUACCAAGAACCCUAAGCAUUUGUACUGCUGCUGAUUCUUACCAGCUGGCAUAAAACAGUGGAAUAGUUUAUUUUGCUAUACCCUCUCUAUGCCUGAAAUACUAUAAACAUGAAGAAUUGCUCCUGCAAUAAUUUUGGAAGUGCCAGCUCAGUUCUUAGUUUUGCGUAAAAUGCUGUGACAUUAAGUUCUGCAAUGCACCAUGAAGCCCGUAUUAGGAAUUAACAUACUGUCAAACUUUUCUGAACUUUGUCUCUGCAUCAAAUUAAAUCAAUUUAUCCAGCCCACUCUCUAUUCCAACUAGCAUCCAAACUAAAGGAUAAAAAUAAAACUUGAAAGAAGCCAUUACCCAUUUGCUCAGCACUACAUUUCUGCCCUGUUUUGUUUUAAAUUGUAGGUGUUGAGCCCUUCCUUUAUUUCACCUUUAUUUCCUUGUCUGUCUAGUCAGAACUCAAGAUUUAGGUUUUGAGGCUGAGUAUGGCAAAUCUUGUCAGUUCACUCCGCAAAACUGUAGGCCUCUAAAGAAGCUUUACUUUUGGGGAGUUGUUUCUGCUUAUGCAAGAAGUUUAACUUACCAUUGUGUGGAACCUGUAAAAUGUAGUAGACGCCACAAGUAGUUCUAAUUUGGUAGAAAAGGCCAGUGCAUAGGAUUGUAAUGUCGAUCUGUCAAUGCAUGUGCUUCUAUGUGGAGCCUUCUUUUGCCUUUUGUCCCCACACCCAUUUGGGAUUCUUUUGAUAUAUAACACCUGUGUUCUAAAAUCUGUAAACCUGUUCUCUUUGCCCAUCUGUGCUUGUGUUUUUGGCUUACAGUGUUGUUGAAAGAAGGAUCCACAUCCUAAAAUUUCAGGGCAAAAUAUCACUUCAUAGUGGAAUUAAUUGUGAGAGUACUUAUAUUAAAAUGUUAAUUUUCACACAUUUAUUUUCACACAGUGAAUUGUUGUAAACAGCUGAUUUUGUUUUUGUUUUUUGGAAUGAAUUGUUUCUAACUGGCAUUUCUAUGGUUUUUAAACUUUUAAUGACUUUCACAAAGGGCAAAUAGAGAUUUGUAAAUAAAGCAUUUGGUGAUGAGUUGGGUAACUUAAUGUAAAUAUGAGCAUUCAUGAUUAGUGAUAGACUCAUCAAUAUAUUUUUGAUAUUUCAUGUAUGGCUUUCAGUAAAAGCAGUAAUGGAUGGAUGAAAAUGAAAAGUGUCCAGGCAAUGAUGACCUUUUUAGAUUUAAUAUUUUUAGAUUUGGGACAGGUUUUUUGACCUCUUUAUGAUCUAAGCUCUGUCUUUUCAUAAUGUCAACUCUUGUAUGUCUGUGAAUAAAAUACAAUAGAGAUGUUACUGUAUGGAAAUACAGUUGUAUAUAAGUCCCAUAUGCCAAUAUUUUUGUUAAACUACAAAGUUGUCCUGUAAUACGUCCCAUUCUUGUAUUUCUCACUGUCUUGUUCAAUCACAGUGAGGAUUUCCUUGUUAAUAAAAAUGUAUAUACAGGUU